AUGACUGUACCUCAGCCACUGAGGUGCCCAAGUCUGUGGAUUUACUCCAAGCCAUUAGGUGGAUUGCCCAAGCCUGGAAAAAAUGUGUCAGAAUCGACUAUCAAGAAAUGCUUUAUAAAGGCUGGUUUUCUUUUGGAAGAUGAAUCUCUAGUUUCAUUUGCGGAGGAACACCAAGAAUUUGAUCCACUCCAGGAACUAGCCAAUAGUGAGCUUGUGCUGGUGAAUUCAUUGUUAUGCAAUGCAAGUUCUGGAUCUGGCACAAAUGUACCUUCAGCAGGUGAAGCCUUAAAAGCAGAUUCUUUUCCGCCAACGUGCACCAUGAUGACCCCUAACUGGGAGGAAUUGUUCUCCAGUCUAUCUGCAUCCACCUCUCAGAAUUUACCACAGGACAACAAUGAUGAGGAUAUCAUUGAGGUCAAUGCCACAUUGAAGGAGCUAAAAGUCAAAUCUCUGAAAGAAGCUAUGGUAAUCCUGGAGGACGUGAUUGAAUAUCUUACCAGUGAAAACCUGACAAAAACAGCAAAUGACCUGUCAAAGGUUCUGUCUAAUAUUCAGUCCACUUGGCUAAGUUGCAAACUGAAAGCAGUACAAAAUAAAGUCACAGAAUUUUUCAAAUGA